GACCCAAAUUUAUCCAACACAGACAGGCACACACGAGAGUCGACAUAAGCAGGAGCAGAUCCUGCGAGCUGAGGUUGGAGCAGCCACCACAAGCACCACCAUGGUUUGGUUGAGAACCGUGUCUGCAAUCGCAAUCGCUUUUCUUCUCGCAUUCGAAGAGUGGGUGUCAGUUCCCGUUUGCAAAGUAGUUCCCAGCACCACCACCAACCACGUUCCCUUUAGAGACAACCCAGAUGACUUGAAAGUCAUGAUAGUCGCUGACCUCCUCCUCUUGGGCUCUGAAGCUGGUUAUGUCAAUCACUUCUUCAGAGACUACUACAUGUCCAAAUUCUUUCAGAAAUCUUUUGAAACUUUGAAGCCUGAUUUGCUUCUUGUCUUGGGAGAUGUUUCUGCAAAAGGUUCGGAGCUAACAAAAAGCAAAUGGGUGUCGGUGCUCCAUCAGUUUUACAAAAUAUUGGGACCCUUUGUUGAUCUUCCAUACCAUGUAAUUCUUGGUGAUAGGGAUAUUGGAAAGUGCGGCGAUCUUGAUGUGAACAAAGUUAAUUGGAUUGCUCACAAAUUACCAGGAUUGGACUCUUCUGGUUGCGGUGCAUUUGAAAUUGGUAACAUCAGUUUUGUCACACUGAAUGCUGUGGCCUUGCUUUGUGGCAAUAGCAGUUUACGUUUUGAUGUUGAAAAAGCAAUUGAGAGGGAAAGCCUAGAACUUCGAGGGGAAACAGAAGGUGCAACAAAAACAAUUAAUGAUUAUACCAACUUUGGUGGUGCAAAUAAUAACUUCUUGUGGAGGGAAAGCAAUGCGUUAUCUGGAUCAGGCUCUGUACUUUUACUCCACUUACCUUUGGACCAGACGAGAAAUGAGCACUAUGGUGGAAUUGAUGCUUUCAAGAGAUCUUCUAGCUCUUUUAUAGAGGGGUUAAAUGUGAUGCCAAAAAGCAGGGAGCUUAUUGGGGCUGGCCUGUAUAAUCUACUUCAUACCCUCCCACUAAAUGCUUCUGAAUACAUAUUACAAGCUCUGAAGCCAAGGAUUAUUUUCAGCGCGCACAGGCAUACAUUUUCUGAUCACGUCCACGCAGACACAACUCGUGAGAUCACGGUUCCAGCAAUGUCAUGGAAUGCAAGAGAUGACCCUGGAUUUGUUAUUGCCACUUUUCAAAAGACAGGAAGAGCAGGGAGCAUAAGCUAUUGUUCUGUCGCUAGGGAAUCUCAUAUUCUUAUAGUUUAUCUUUCUAUAAUAGUUUUCUUUUGUUUAUUAUGUUUAAAAGGGUAGCAGGGAAAAUUACCCCCCAGAGUAUAAUAGGAAUGAUUACAAGAAAAAAUGAUAGAAGGGAUUAGGGAAUCUGAGCUCCACAUUUUUUUCAUCAUCAUUACUAUCUAGAAACAUAGAUCUCUCUCUCCCUCCCUCCCUCCCUUUAU